AUGCGGUGCCACCCGUGCAAGCUGUCGGCGUGUGCUUUGUGCGUGCUGCUUCUCUGCUUGAUUUACGUGUUCCCCGUGUAUCGGGUACCCCGGGACGAGGAGAUCCUGGAAGAGGUGCUACGGCAUCAUGGCCACGCUUGGAAGAAAAACCAGACUGGCAUCGACCUUUAUAGGAAGCUGCUGAACGAGUGCUGCGCCCCCCAGCGUCUGUUCGCGUUGACCAAGGAGAACACGCCGGUGGGCAAAUCCUUAUGGUACGACCAAGAGUUCCACCGCUCUCACUUGGUCGAUAAUGAGUCCCACUCAAUAUUUGUGCAGGCCAGCCCUCUCCCGCUCCCCCUGAAGAAGUGUGCCGUGGUGGGCAACGGAGGCAUCCUCCGGCACAGCCAGUGCGGCCGCGCCAUCGACAAGGCUGACUUUGUCAUGAGGUGUAACCUCCCACCGCUCUCUAAAGAAUACGUGGAUGACGUAGGCACCAAAACGCACCUGGUGACGGCCAACCCAAGCAUCAUUGAGAAGAAAUACCAGAGCCUGCUGUGGCGUCGCAAGUCCUUCGUGGACUACAUUAAGGCGUACGGCUCCAGCUUCAUCUACAUGCCGGGCUUCUCCACGCUUGCCGGUACCGAAUUGUCUAAACGCGUCGCCUACACGCUGGCGGACUCUUCGUCCAACCUCACCAUGCUGUUCGCCAACCCUCACUUCCUGAACGUGGUGGGUCAGUUCUGGAAGGAGCGCGGCGUGCAUGCCCGCCGCCUCUCCACAGGCCUCUUUAUGGUCAGCCUGGCUUUGGGCCUGUGCGACGAGGUCAGCGUCUACGGCUUCUGGCCCUUGCCCACCGACCUGGAGAAGAAGCCUAUCAGUCACCACUAUUACGACAACAUGCAGCCCGACCGCUGGAUCCACGCUAUGCCCGAGGAGUUCGUGCAGCUGUGGGAGCUGCACAAAAGCGGGACACUGCGCGUCAAUCUGGGAAGCUGCGGUUAA